AUGCGCCGCACCGCGGAGAAGAGCCGUGCGGGGCGGCCGGAGCCCCGCGCCGCCGCCGGCGGGCGGGCCGUGCUGGGGGAGCUGGCGGAGAACGGGCAGCAGCGGCGGCCCGGCGGCCAGGGUACUACAAUUAUCAGACACUUCUCUGGCUCUGAAAACUCCUUCCCUCCAGCUGGAAAAGAUGAAUUGCCUAGCUGUGUGGUCAAUGCCACGUCAAAGCAAGGAUUUGCUAUAUAUAUAGAUGAACCAGAACAGAAAGAAAACUACAACUGCCCAGUGAUUGAAGAUCUGGAAUCUAGCCUAUGUGAACUGGAUACUAGUGCAAUGACAUCCAAUAUUCACCUGCUGUUGGAUCUGAGUACAGGGUCUCCUAUGCUAGUGGACACAUCCUUCCAGUCCCAACCAGAGGAUCAGGUGGAAGAUACAAUAACUGUAAUGACUGUGGGAGAAUAUGCGGAGGAUAUUCAUCAGUACCUCCGAGAAGCUGAAGUAAGAUACAGGCCCAAGCCCUACUAUAUGAGGAAACAACCAGAUAUCACAACAGGAAUGCGUGCCAUCUUGGUAGACUGGCUUGUGGAAGUAGGUGAAGAAUACAAACUUCGGACAGAGACACUGUACUUGGCAGUGAACUUCCUGGACAGGUUCCUUUCCUGCAUGUCUGUGCUCAGAGGGAAGCUGCAGCUUGUAGGAACAGCAGCAAUUCUUCUGGCUGCGAAAUACGAGGAGAUUUACCCACCAGAAGUAGAUGAAUUUGUAUAUAUAACUGAUGAUACAUACACGAAGAGGCAGCUGCUGAGAAUGGAACAUCUGCUUCUCAAAGUGCUGGCGUUUGACUUAACAGUGCCAACCAUCAAUCAGUUCCUCCUCCAGUAUAUUCAGAGGCAUGGAGUCUGCAUCAGGACAGAGAACUUUGCAAGGUAUCUUGCAGAGCUCAGUCUCCUAGAAGCCGAUCCAUUUCUGAAGUACCUUCCUUCACAAACUGCUGCAGCAGCCUACUGUCUAGCAAACUAUACAGUAAACAGGCGUUUCUGGCCAGAAACACUUGCUGCAUUCACUGGGUAUUCACUAAGUGAAAUAGUGCCUUGCCUGACUGACCUACAUAAAGCAUGCCUUGAUGCUCCCCAUUGUCAACUGCAAGCGAUUAAGGAGAAGUACAAGCUGUCAAAGUACUUCCAAGUGUCUCUCUUGGAGCCCCCAGCAGUUCUUCCUCUACAGUAA